GUGACCCGCGCGCAGUCACGUGACGCGGCGGCCGCCAUGCUGUCCCGGCUGCUGAAGGAGCACCAGGCCCGCCAGAGCGAGCGGCGCGAGCUGCAGGAGCGGCGGCGCAGGGAUGCGAUCGCGGCCGCCACCCGCCUCACCGAGGCCUUGGUCGAUCACCUCAACGUGGGGGUGGCCCAGGCCUACGUGAACCAACGUAAGCUGGACCAGGAGGUGAAGACCCUGCAGGUGCAGGCAGCCCAGUUUGCUCGCCAGACUGGUCAAUGGAUCUCCAUGGUGGAGAACUUCAACCAGGCCCUCAAGGAGAUCGGGGACGUGGAGAACUGGGCCCGCAGCAUCGAGCUGGACAUGAGGACCAUCGCCACCGCCCUCGAGUACGUCUACAAGGGGCAGCUGCAGCCCUCCUGCUCCUGAGGGACCCCCAGGAACCCCCCCGGCACCCCCCAGCACCGCCAGGUACCGGGGGGGUCUCACCCUGGUGUCCUCGGCACCCCCCGGCACUGGGAUCUGUGGAAUAAAGCAGGGGGGGACACUGGGGGGUG